AUGAUUCACUCUUUAAAACAUGAAGAUGGUGGCCGAGGUGGUAUAAUCUUGAAGCUUGAUUUCUCCAAAGCGUAUGAUUGUGUCCGUUGGGAAUUCUUGAUUAUGGUGUUAGAGCGAAUCUUGAACUUGAAGCGAAUUCUUAGAUGUUUUGAGGUGUGCUCGGGUCUCAGUAUAAAUUUCAGCAAGUCUUGUUUGGUUGGCAUAAAUGUGGAUGAGGAACUCAUUAAUCGACUAGCGAUAGUUUGUGGCUGUAAAAUUGGUUCGUUGCCUUUCAAUUACUUGGGCAUACCGUUAGGGGCUGAUCCGAGAAGAUUAUCAACGUGGGAUCCCUUGGUGGCAAGAUUCAGGAGUAAACUUUCGGGGUGGAAAUGCCGAUUGCUCUCCUUUGCAGGAAGAGUUAUUUUGGUAUACUCUGUUUUAUUGGCACUUCCGUUAUGCUUCAUGUCGAUUUUCCACAUCCCAAAGUCAAUCUUGUUCAGACUCGACAAGUGGGUAGCAGUAUCGGAAAGAUCGAGGAACUGCUCGAUGAUAAGGAAAGGGAUUGUUAAAAACCUUUUGGAUGUAGAGGUUGAGAAGUGGAUGAGCAGGGGAGCGUUUCGUUGGAAAUUGGGUGAUGGUAGUUCAAUUUUCUUUUGGGAAGACGCUUGGUGUGGGGAAAAUCCAUCAUCUGUAAUUUUUCCAAGACUAUACAGAUUAGCAAGUGGUUUUGAAGUGGGUCGAAAAUAUUUCUUCGCGACCAUGGAGAUGGUGGGACUGUUUCGAGGAGAUUGA